GAGAGCGCGAGAGCCGGCAGUGUCGCGCGCGCGGAACUGCCGCCGGGUAGCUGCUCAGCAACUCUCCUGGAGCUGUUCGUGUUCCCGCCGGAGUCCGGAGCAGACUGAUUUUCAAAAUGCCAAGUAGGAAAUUUGCCGAUGGUGAGGUGGUAAGAGGUCGAUGGCCCGGGAGUUCACUUUAUUAUGAAGUAGAAGUUCUGAGCCAUGACAGCAGCUCCCAGCUUUACAGCGUAAAAUACAAAGAUGGAACUGAACUUGAAUUGAAAGAGAGUGAUAUCAAGCCUUUAACCUCCUUCAGGCAAAGGAAAAGUGGCUCAACUUCCAGUUCUCCCUCCAGACGCAGAGGGAGCCGCUCCAGGUCACGCUCCCGAUCCCCUGGCCGGCCCCUAAAAGGUUCCCGCCCAUCCGUCUCAGCUUUGCACCAGGCUGACAUUAAGGAAGCAAAGAAGGAAGCAAGGAAGGAAAUGUUGGAAGUUAAACUGACUCCACUGGUAUUGAAGCCAUUUGGAAAUAGCAUCAACAGAUAUAACGGGGAGCCUGAGCACAUAGAGAGGAAUGACAUACCUCACAAAAACACGCAGGAAAAAUUCCCUUUGUCACAAGAGAGUAGUUAUAUACCUACACAGUAUAGCCUUCAUCCACGAAGAGAAGAGGUCAAAUUAAAAGAAAUAGAUUCAAAGGAAGAAAAAAUUGUCACAAAAGGACCUACGGCGUUGAGAACCUUUGAAGUGACAGCCACACAGCAGAAGGACUUAGAAUUUGGAGGAGUACCUGGUGUUUUUCUCAUCACGCUUGGCCUGCCUGCUUUCCUCUUCCUGUUGCUGUUGAUGUGUAAACAGGAAGAGCCCAGUCUUCUGAAUUUCCCGCCGCCUCUGCCAGCUUUGUAUGAUUUAUGGGAAACCAGGGUAUUUGGGGCCUACCUCCUCUGGUUUUUCCUUCAGGCUCUGUUCUACUUACUGCCAAUUGGGAAGGUUGUAGAAGGAACACCUCUUACUGAUGGAAGAAGACUCAAGUACAGAUUAAAUGGAUUCUACGCUUUUAUCCUGACAUCUGUACUCGUCGGAGCAUCUUUCUUCUGGGAUGUAGAGCUUUAUUAUGUGUACAGUCAUUUCCUUCAGUGUGCACUUGCAGCCACCGUUUUUUCUGUGGUCUUGAGUGUUUAUCUCUACGCCAGGGCUUUGAAAGCGCCCCGGGAUGAACUGUCGCCGGCCAGCUCUGGAAAUGCUGUCUAUGAUUUCUUCAUUGGCCGUGAGUUAAAUCCUCGGAUUGGUACUUUUGAUCUCAAAUACUUCUGUGAAUUGCGCCCCGGAUUGAUUGGAUGGGUGGUCAUUAACCUGGUGAUGCUUUUGGCUGAGAUGAAGCUACAGCAUCGCACCGUUCCGUCCUUAGCAAUGAUUUUGGUCAACAGUUUCCAGCUCUUGUAUGUGGUGGAUGCUCUCUGGAAUGAGGAAGCACUGUUGACAACCAUGGACAUUAUCCAUGAUGGAUUUGGAUUCAUGCUGGCUUUUGGAGAUUUAGUGUGGGUUCCAUUUAUCUACAGCUUCCAAGCCUUUUAUUUAGUCAGUCAUCCAAAUGAACUGUCUUGGCCAAUGGCUUCUCUAAUCAUUGCUCUGAAACUGUGUGGAUUUGUAAUCUUCCGAUGUGCAAAUUCUCAGAAAAAUGCAUUCCGGAAAAAUCCCACUGAUCCAAAGCUUGCACAUUUAAAGACCAUUCAUACUUCAACAGGAAAAAAUCUUCUCGUUUCUGGAUGGUGGGGUUUUGUUCGCCAUCCCAAUUACUUGGGUGAUCUCAUCAUGGCCCUGGCAUGGUCCCUCCCAUGUGGUUUCAAUCACAUUCUUCCUUAUUUCUACGUGAUUUAUUUCACCAUCUUGCUGGUGCACCGGGAGGCUCGCGAUGAACGCCACUGUAGGAAGAGGUACGGCCUGGCGUGGGAGAGGUACUGCCAGCGCGUCCCGUACCGCAUAUUCCCAUACAUCUACUGAUUCUGGUCUAGGCGCCGUCUAAACGCUCCUGCAGUUUUGGCUUCCAUUGGCAAAAAAAA